CGCUGCGGGAGCAGCACGUCGGGACGCGCUUCAGCUUAUAGCGCGUCUUUGGAGAGCCGAGGAUGGGCGCACUGACACAAGGACGUUACCUUUCCGCGGGCUUCGUGCUGCUAGUUUAUUACACCGUCGCCGUGAUCUCUAAAGGGCCCCCAGGAAAUGCUCCGUCGGACUCCCUGUCGCCGGGGACCCUGCCCCACUUCCUGCAGGAGCCGGUGGACGCCUACAUCGUCAAGAGCAACCCCAUCAAGCUGCGGUGCCGGGCCGCACCCGCCCUGCAGAUCUUCUUCAAGUGCAACGGGGAAUGGGUGCACCAGAACGAGCACGCCUCGCACGAGUACAAGGACCUCACCACGGGUAAGAGCCUCCGCGAUGGGCCCCACCAGUACCACGUCCCGGGAGAGGAACAGGGGAUAGGCUGCUGUCUGUACCUGUCAUGGCUCUCCGUUUUGACCGUUUUGAGGGGUGGCAUGUGGCUCAGGAGGUAG